GGCGUGAGAGUGGACGUGAGAGACGGCACGGGGGCCACAGCGCGGACCUUGGCCAUGCAGUACGGACACACCAAGAUUGUCGGGCUGAUUGACCUCCACAUGGCACCGGUGCCCAAGGUCCUUUGCAGGGGCCCAGGGAGAUACGACGAUCUGAGCUCCUCAGAUGAAUCCUACUCCUCCCCGCAGAGACAGAGGCCUGCCCGCAAGUCCAAGGGCCCCAGUAUCCACGAAGGGCCCCACGCUCUGGCCAAGAUAACGGCAGUCCGGAUCGGAGGAAGGAGCCAGUCGCAUUAUGAGCAGGUCCCUCCGGAAGGCUACGUGACCUUCAGUGACGAGGGAAGCGGCACCGAAGGGGGAGACCUCCGGUACAGAGACGUCACCUCCCCCAUCAACGAGCGUGACGUGGAAAGCAGCAGCAGCCGAGAAGAGUAUUCCUCCUUCACUAAUAACUUGGCCACCAUCCGGAUGACUACCACCACCAGCAGCAGCAGUGAAAGCCUGUCCAGAGUGGUUGGGAUCGGCAGCGAGGGCUCCGUGGAGAGCAACGAGGAUUCUGACCACGCAGCAAGGCUCUCCCAGCGGAAACACGCAAAGAGCUACUCGAGAGCAAAGAACCAUGACAGCGACGGCCGCGGGUCUCACAGGUCCCGGGUGUUGAGUCAGCACGGCGAGGCCCCAAAGCCCGAGCCACCAUCUUACACAGGACCCCAGGACCUCGCCACUUUCUUGGAGCAGAUCGGCUGCCUGAAGUACCUGCCGGUGUUUGAGGAGCAGGACGUCGACCUUCGCAUUUUCCUGACACUAACGGAGAGCGACCUGAAGGAGAUCGGCAUCACCCUCUUUGGACCGAAGAGGAAGAUGACCUCCGCCAUCGCCCGAUGGCACAGCAACGCCCGACCUCCCAGCGACGCCCUCGAGCUGACCUACGCGGACCGCCUGGAGGCGGAGAUGCAGGAGCUGGCCAUCCAGCUGCACAAGAGGUGCGAGGAGGCGGAAGCGCUGAAGGGCCAGGUGUCCCAGGAGCAGGAGCUGCGCGCCGUGGUCGAGAGCUGCCUGAUGGAGCGGGAGGUGGCCUGGAGCGAGGCCCAGGCCAAGCUGCGGGAGGUGCAGGCCGCGGCCAGGGACGCCGGGGUCCUGCUGGAGCGGAUGCGGGCCUGCCAGGUGGAACUGUCUUCUCGGCUGGCUCGAGGACACAUGGCCGGAUGGCCGUCGGAGGCUAAAGCGCCCCCAGGAGCUGGUCCCACAGAAGGGCCCUCCACCUUGAAGGCCCUGAGCCUGCCUGAGCUGUCAACUCUUCUGGAGGAGUGUGUGGGAGAAGUGGGGAAAGCCCUUCAUUCUGUCAGCCAAAAUCUCGAGAGACUUCAGAGUCCGCCGAAGGCCAAAGCGCCCCAGAAACAGCCCUAG